CAAAACGUGAGUAAAAGAUGUUGUUAAAAUCUACCUAGAAUAACUGAAUUUUUGGUGAUUGAAACUGUAUUAUAUGUUCGUUUCGUCACCUCGCACGUAUCCGCACAGGGGCGCUUAAAAUGGACGUGCACCUGCAAAGCGCGUUAGCGUCGAGGAUGUUUAUUAACGUAAGCAUCCUUUCCAUCGCGCUGAACGGGUCAUUCUUUGGCUACCUGCUGUACAGUAAUCGCCUGUAUGAGGUUGGCAAAUGCUGCUCGUCGUACGUGUGGCUAAUUCUACCGCUGACGGAAUUAUUGAAGCACUACUACAUCAAACGAAGCUUCCACCUAGAUGGCAGCGUGAAGCCCGGACAUAUUGGCAGCACAUCCACAUCAACCGGUAGAGCCACACUAAACGCGAAAGCCGGCCGGUUACGAUGGAAAGAAUGGUUCGGCUUUGGCGUACUGUUUUUCCUGGCGAUGCUUUUCUACGGGUUCAUCUGCCUUGUGCUGGGAGCACCGUUGGAACAGAGCGAAGAAACGGUAUCGCUAGCCCUCACACUGACGACGAUCACCAUCUUUCCCAUAAUGCUACUCAUCGGUCAAUCACAGACGUAUCAACUGCUGCUUUCCGAAACGCUUGAGCUGAAAAAUCCCCUGGCGAAUAGCUAUCUUAACCUGCUGAAAAAUAACUGUAUUGGGGUGAUUUUGGGAGCCUGGGGUGCUUCCGUGGUGGCUCCGCUGGAUUGGGAUCGCCCUUGGCAGGUGUAUCCAAUCCCGAACAUAGUCGGAUCGAUCGGCGGAUUGUUUGGUAUGAAUGUGUUCAAUCUACUCAGCACGGCGUACAUCAGUAUGUAUCGUAACCAACGGCCUAAAAAAUUUUAGGUAUUGUUUGUACGAUCUAUGUAGUUUUUAAUUAUAGUAAUCGCUCAAAUCUAGUCUAAAAACAACAAUAAACUAUAGU